AUGUCACCUCCAUUGUCCCCAUCGCUUCCAUCAUCCACAUCACUCCCAUUGUCCCCAUCUCCUCCAUCAUCCCCAUCACCUCCAUCAUCCCCAUCAUCCCCAUCACCUUCAUUGUCCCCAUCUACUCCAUCGUCCCCAUUGCCUCCAUCAUCCACAUCACCCGUGAGCCCGGAGCGGACGGAGGUGCAGGAGGGCUCCACAGUGCGACUGUACUGCCGGGUUGCGGGGACACCCACGGCCACCAUCACCUGGGAGAAGCAGGGGGGCACCUUACCACCACAG